CCUUGAACUCACCGUAUAGUCUGUUUCCAUGUAUUGAUUGAUAUAACUUUCUCCGACAUUCUAGGACGUGUUUUAUGCCACUUUUUCUGACUCAUUUUGUCCACCACACUUUUAACGUUGUGCAUGAAUGCACAAAGCUGGACGAGUUCAUCGUUGAAGCCGUCACCAUCGGGCAGAUCGGCAGGGUGAGGAUCGGCCAUGAUGGUAAAGGUGGUGGCUGCGGCUGGUUUCUUGAUAAGAUCAUAGUAAGAGAGGAUGGACAGGCUGAGGCACAGGCCAUCGAGUUCCCGUGCCGCAGAUGGCUGGAUCGCAAUGAGGACGACGGGCAGAUCGUUCGAGAGUUAGUUCCAUUCUCUGAUGGACAGCGUCUCUACAAUGUUGGCUACCACAUCGCAGUGAAGACAGGCAAAAUCCCCGGGGGCAGCUCGGACUCCAUGGUCUUCGUCAAGCUUUACGGGGACAAAGGUGACACCAGUAAAAUGAUGCUGGUGGUCUCUGACAAUAACCUGAGAAAUUACUUUGAGACGGGUCGCAUCGACAUCUUCACUGUGGAAACCUCUGAUGUUGGACAGAUCAACCGCCUGAUGAUCGGUCACACCAACGAGGGUUUACGGGCCGGCUGGUUCUUGGACAGCGUCCAGAUUUUGGUCCCUCUGAACGGAAAGCACUACAUGUUUCCCUGUCAUCGCUGGCUGUGCAAGGUAGAAGCUGACGGCAAGACGGAGGUGGAGAUUUACCCCAGCGAAAUCCUGGACACACAGCAACCGAUCAACUAUGAGGUGUCAGUUACAACUGGAGAUGAGAUGUUUGCCGGCACAAAUGCCAAAGUGUUCAUUCAGAUUUACGGGGAAAAAGGCAAGACUGAAGUCAUCACCCUCGACAGCCGGUCAAACAACUUUGAAAGGAACACCACAGAUAUAUUCAAGAUCGAGGCCAAAGACGUGGGGAAGGUUUUCAAGGUCCGCAUCGGCCACGAUGGCUCGGGGUUGGGAUCCGGCUGGUUCCUAGAGACAGUGGACGUCAAGCACACAACGAUGGCUAUGGUGCCCAAGGAGAAGAAGAAGGAAGACAAGAAAAAGAAGAAAAAGAGAAAGGAGGAGGAAGUAGCAGAGGCUAUGCAGGAAGUGGUGCUGACAUAUCAUUUCCCCUGCUCGCGUUGGCUGGCUGGAGGAGAGAAUGAUGGCGAGCUGCAAGUGGAGCUGCUGCCUGAUGGCGCAGAGGAACUGGAAGUCAACACCUACGAAGUGUGCGUCUUCACGGGUGAUGUGCUGGGAGCUGGGACCGACGCCAACGUCUUCAUUAAUAUUUACGGCGAUAACGGCGACACUGGAGAGCGUUAUCUCCAGAACUCUGACAACAUCAACAAAUUUGAACUAGGAGAGGAGGACGUUUUCAUACUGACAGCUAUUGAUUUGGGUUCUCUGAAAAAGCUUCGGAUCCGUCAUGACAACACACGGUCAUAUUCAGCUUGGUACCUUGAUCGUGUGGAAAUAGUGGACACAAAGGAUGACACGACAUACUACUUCCCUUGUAACCGCUGGCUGGCAGUGGAUGAGGAUGACGGCCAGAUAGCAAGAGAGCUGGUUCCUGUGGAUGAGGCCUUCAUGAAGAAAGAUGAGGAUGAGGAUGGAGGCGGCGGUGCCACUUUGGGGCUGGAACAGAAAUCCAUGUCCACUACGUAUACCAUUAAAGUAAAGACCGGAGAAAAAAAGUAUGCGGGAACUGACGCUAAUGUCUUUGCCGUAUUAUUUGGAGAAAAUGAUGACACAGGAACCAUCAACCUGAAGGCCUGUAAGAGCUAUAAGAAUAAGUUCGAACAAGGGAUGAUCAACGAGUUCACUGUGGAGGCUGUGGAUUUGGGCGAGCUGGAAAAGCUUAGAGUUGGUCACGACAACUCAGGGGGCUCACCUGGUUGGUUCUUGGACUGGGUUGAAAUCGACGCCCCCUCACAGGGUCUGAGGCUACGCUUCCCCUGUGGGCGCUGGUUGGACAGAGGUGAGGAUGACGGCGCCAUUGUGAGGGAUCUCUAUCCCGCUGAGUUACAGACUGAGCUGUACACGCCAUUUGUGCCCUACGAGCUGAAGAUCUACACCAGCAAUGUUUUCGGCGCGGGAACAGAUGCGGAUGUGUUUAUCGUUUUGUACGGCCGCAAAGGCGUGUGCACGCUGCAGAAGCACCUGUGUGUCAACAAGAGGGAGAGGCGACUGUUCUUUGAGAGGGGAGCUGAAGACAUGUUCAUUGUGGAGUUGGAAGAUGUUGGCGACAUUAUAGAGAAGAUCCGAGUGGGGCACGACAACAGGGGCUCCAACCCAGGGUGGCACCUCGACCGAGUGGAGAUCCGACGUCUUCUGAGGAAAGGAAAGGGAUCGGAGACGACUAUUUUUCCGUGUGAGCGUUGGCUGGCUAAAUCAGAAGAUGAUGGUGAGACGGUGAGGGAGUUGGUGCCAUCUGACAUUAUCACAGAGAAACUCCUCAGGGGUGGCACACUGAAACGAACUGAAACCGAGAUUGAAGAUGCUUUGGAAACCCACGCUUACCAGGUGUCCGUACGCACAGGUGAUAUGUACAAAGCAGGCACGGAUGCCAACGUCUUUCUGACAAUCUAUGGAGACCUCGGUGACACAGGAGAGCGCAAAUUGGCAAAAUCUGAGAACAACAAGAACAAGUUUGAGAGAGGAGAGGUGGAUAAAUUCACCAUUGAAGCGGUGGACCUGGGCCAGGUGUUUAAGGUCCGAAUUCGUCACGACAACUCCAUGAUGGGGGCCGACUGGUACCUGGACCAAGUGGAGGUCCUGGAUGUGGACACAGAGGAGGUCUACAUGUUCCUGUGUGAGCGCUGGCUGUCCAAGAAGAAGGAGGACAAACGCUUAGAGAGGACCCUCUUUGUGAAGGGAUACGAAGGUGAAAGAAACGCCGAUCCAAAUUUCAAAAAGAUGGCUGAGGCCAAACUGGGUCUGGAUAGGAAUGCAAACAAAAAGAAAAAAAAGAAGAAGGUGGCAGUGACGGAAGAAGGUCCAAUCAUCCCCUAUCACUUCACUCUAUCCACUGGGGUUGAGCGCGAUGCCAGCACCACUGCCAGGGUCUACAUCGUCAUCAUCGGCCCCGGAGACCUGGAGACAGACCGGCUAUGGCUAGACCUUCCAGACGGGAAGAAAUCCUUUGCAGCUGGCAGCAUGGAGCAUUUUGUGUGCUAUGGAACUGACGUGGGCAAGAUCAAGAGAGUGGAAAUCGGCCACAACGGCGCCACACCAGAGAGCUGCUGGUUGGUGGAUGAGCUGGCGGUUGCCGUGCCAACCAAAGGUAUCAAGUACAGCUUCCCGUGCAAAUGCUGGCUGGCUAAAGACAGAGGAGACGGUCUGACGGUCAGGCUGUUCAACGUGUUGGACGCCAGCACCAUCAGCAUCAACCGCAAAGGGAUUUAUUCCACCACAGUCAUCACAGGCGACACACAGUAUGCCGGCACGGACACCAACAUAUUCCUGACUGUGUACGGAGCCAAUGGAGGCACAGAGGAAAUGCUCCUGGCCAAGAAUGAGGACAGAUUUGAGCGAGACCAAGAGGACACAUUUAACCUGGAGGUAGAUGACAUCGCUCCUCUAAAGAAGAUAAGAGUUCGGAUUGAUGGCAGUGGCAGCCGUCCCGAUUGGUUCCUGGACAGAAUCCUGAUGCGAAACCUAAACACAGAGGAGGUGUACAUGUUCACCUAUGAGAACUGGCUCUCCAAGACCAAAGGACCCAGUAGGACUGAAAAGUGUGAGCUGGCGGCCGUGGUGGACGAGGAAGAGAUGGUGGAGAAAACAACCUACAUCAUCCAAGUCCAGACCAGUGACAUCACAGGUGCCGGCACAGACGCCAACGUGUGUCUGAUGGUUUUCGGAGAGUUUGGCGACACGGGCAUGCUGAAGCUGAAAGAGAGCGCCAACAGGAACAAGUUUGAGCGCAAAAUGAAAGAUGUGUUCCGGUACCCCGACAUGCUCAGUCUGGGCGAGCUCUCCAAAGUGCGAGUGUGGCAUGAUAACAAAGGUCCGGCUCCGGGAUGGCACCUGGACUACAUUGACAUCAAAGAUGAGACCAUGGACCAGAUUUUCAGGUUCCCGUGCGACCGCUGGCUGGCUAAAAACGAAGACGACGGCCAGAUCAUCAGGGAGCUGGCGUGUGCCAACAACGACUCUGUGGACCUCAGUGAUAAAACCAAAUACGAACUGGCCGUAACCACUGCAAACACAGAGGACGCCUCCACCAAUGAAAACGUCUGGAUCGUAUUAGAAGGAAGGAAAGCCCGCUCCAAGGAGUUUGUUCUGGAGAAUAAGAAGAACAAGUUCUCAUGCGGCGCCAUCGACACCUUUGAGUUCUCCUCCAAGCACGUGGGCGAGAUCGCCGGCAUCUGCGUGGGCCACAUCACCAAAGACGGCAAGAAGGUGAAGAAUGAAUCAACCUGGCAUGUCGUGGAGGUGGUGGUGACAGAGAAAGAGCUGGGAAACAAGUAUUUCUUCCACUGCGAUGCUCGAGUGCCCCUGGCGCCCAAAAAGGACCAGUUCCAAACAUUCGAGUGUAACAAGUCCAUAGAGAGCUUUGCCAGCAAAGUCCGUAACCUGGUCCUGGUCAAGUACGAGAUCCUCCUCACCACAGGCGACGUCAAGGACGCCGGCACGGACGCAAAAGUCUACGUCACCGUCUACGGCGUCAACGGGGACUCGGGUAAGCGUCACCUGCGCAAGAGGUUUCGUAACCUCUUCGAACGAGGUCACACGGACCGCUUCCUGGUGGAGAUGUUGGACCUCGGGGAGCUGCUCAGGGUCAAAGUGCAGCAUGACGACAGUGGCUCAAACUGUGGUUGGUACUUGGAGUACGUGGAGGUAACCAACACGGCCAACUCGGUUACAACCAUCUUUCAGUGCGGUAAGUGGCUGGACUCUGAUAAGGCUGACGGGCGCACUGAGAGGGUCCUCUACCCUAAGUACUAAAUGACCUACGACCUGGAUUUUUUAUGUUUUUACUUUUACUUCGCUACAAGUUACAACCAGAACUGCACUCCCCUCCAUCAAGGUCCAUUGUACGCGUUCAUACAGGUCCACUUAACUACCUACAUCAGGGGUCCCCAAACUAGGGCCCGUGGGUCGGAUCCGGCCCCCCAGCAUCCAAAAUCCGGCCCACAGGAAGUCCCAAGUUAAAAAAAAAAGUGUUUUAAUUUAUUUAUUUUUUAUUUUUUUUAAAUUUUUUAUUUUAUCUUUCCUUUCUAAUCCAUUUUAUACCGCUUGUUACUCUCGGUGUCUCCUAGCCGCUCAGGCAAAUCAUAUGGUCUAAAAAUUAAUCAUCCCAUCGAUAACGUGACAAUGUUAAAUAUUGAUGAACAUCAAUGUUAAUUUAUGUUAAAUGACAAAACGGAUUAACUCGCUGGAAUAUAAAAACAAUGUGUGUAUAUAUAUAUAUAUAUAUAUAUAUAUAUAUAUAUAUAUAUAUAUAUAUAUAUACAGCCCGGCCCCCGGCCAAAUUUUUUUAACCCAAUGCGGCCCCCGAGUCAAAAAGUUUGGGGACCCCUGACCUACAUUAUACUAAUUAUUUUUAUUAUUAAAUGUUUAUUCAUUGAAUAAUGUGGACACAAAUACGAAAUCCUCACCAAAUUGCAAAUUUU